CUCUAUUUAUCCUCUGGCCUCCCUCCCUGCUUCCUAUCUUACCUGGAAUGCUCCCCGGUUCUCUCUGCUGAACGGAUUCCCCAUAUUCUGUACUACCUACGUGGUGUUUUUUAUUCCCAAUCCCUUUCAUUCUCUGAUUCAUUCAUCAUGGCCGCCCGCCGGUCACUUGCCCGGUCCAUCCCCGCUCUCCGCGCUGCAUCUCCCCGCACGGUCGUGGCCACCGCCAGAUCAGUCGCUGCAGCUUCGUCCUCACGCCGUCUUUCGACUGCUAUCUUGUCUUCCUCAUCUGCUUCAUCUUCAUCUACAGCUUCUAAGCUCUCUACAUCCUCACCAGCUCCCAUGGCCGCCACCCGUCGACUCCACGCCACUGCUCAGCAGCUCACCCCCGCAACCACCUCCGCGGCUAGUACCGCCACCGAGUACCCGACGGACCACACUCCCAUUGCCAACCCCAUCGACACUACCAACUUCCUGGACAAUCAGUUUGUGACCUCCACGGCUUCGACAUGGAUCGACCUGCAUGAUCCUGCUACCAACAACCUUGUUACUCGGGUGCCGCAAAGCACCGAUGAGGAACUACGGGCCGCCGUCGAGUCCGCCGAGAAGGCCUUCCCCGCGUGGCGGGCUACCAGCGUCAUCGCCAAACAGCAAAUCAUGUUCAAGUUUGUUAGCCUGAUCCGUGCGAACUGGGACCGGCUUGCCGCAUCCAUCACGCUCGAGCAGGGCAAGACCUUCGCCGAUGCCAGGGGCGAUGUCCUCCGCGGUCUUCAGGUUGCCGAAACAGCAUGUGGCAUCACCACCCAGCUAACGGGGGAGGUGUUGGAAGUUGCCAAGGACAUGGAGACUAGGAGCUACAGAGAGCCCUUGGGUGUGGUUGCAGCCAUCUGUCCUUUCAACUUCCCCGCAAUGAUUCCCCUUUGGUGCAUUCCCGUCGCUACCGUGACUGGCAACUGUCUUAUCCUCAAGCCGUCUGAGCGGGACCCCGGUGCUGCAAUGAUCCUGGCCGAGCUGGCCAGGGAAGCUGGCUUCCCUCCCGGUGUCAUCAACAUCGUCCAUGGUGCCGCAAAGACAGUCGACUUUAUCCUUGACGAACCCGCCAUCAAGGCCAUCAGCUUCGUUGGCAGCAACCGUGCAGGAGAGUACAUCUACACUCGGGGCUCUGCCAACGGUAAGCGUGUCCAGGCUAACCUGGGUGCCAAAAACCAUGCUGCUGUGGUUCCGGACUGCAACAAGAACCAGACCCUGAACGCCAUCGUCGGAGCGGCGUUUGGUGCUGCUGGCCAACGUUGCAUGGCCCUGAGCACAGUGGUCAUGGUUGGCGAGUCUAAGGACUGGCUUCUUGAGAUGGCCGAACGGGCCAAGGCUUUGAAUGUUAACGGCGGUUUUGAAGAGGGUGCUGAUCUCGGCCCCGUCAUCAGCCCUGAAAGCAAGAAGCGUAUCGAAGACCUUAUCGCCAGCGCCGAAGAAGAGGGUGCGACCAUCCUGCUGGAUGGUAGAGGCUACAAGCCGGAGAAGUACCCCAACGGCAACUUUGUCGGCCCUACCAUCAUCACCAACGUCACUCCAGAGAUGAAAUGCUACAAGGAGGAAAUCUUUGGACCUGUCCUGGUUUGCCUCUCAGUGCCCACUCUGGAUGAUGCGAUUGAGCUUAUCAACAAGAACGAAUACGGUAAUGGUGCUGCCAUCUUCACUUGCUCCGGCUCUACUGCCUCCCGGUUCCAGAAGGACAUCGAAGCCGGCCAGGUUGGCAUCAAUGUGCCCAUUCCUGUCCCGUUGCCCAUGUUCUCCUUCACCGGCAACAAGAAGAGUAUUGCUGGUGGUGGUGCCAACACUUUCUACGGCAAGCCUGGACUGCAGUUCUACACCCAGCAGAAGACGGUGACCAGCUUGUGGCGGAGUGAGGAUGCCAUCAGCACCAAGGCCCACGUGGUGAUGCCUACUCACUCGUAAGGUCAUUGCCCGACGAAAGAAAAUGAUUACAGAAUAUGAGAUUUAUACCAUUUAGCUAAAUUAUCGGGUUUAAUUGGAUGUCGUUUUUUGAGUGCCAAUUUCAAAUUGCCAUUGCAUCUUAGUUCAAUCCUCAGGCGCAGCGUUGCUACUCUUUCAAAGGGGUGUUGGGUAUAGCCAAAUGGACGUACAAAUUGACUCAAUUGCAAACCCCCAGACUAACCACGCAGUGAUGAAUGGGUUUUUCGCCAUCAUAAAACUAGAUGAAGAGGCUAUAAGUUGUUGGGACACAGAGUCUUCGUUCCGUCUGUUCUCCAG